GGAAGUGACGCGAGACAUAGCGGAAGUCGCUCCAGACGCGGUGUUGUGCUGUGGGGAAGAGAGACGGAUUUGUAAACCCCGGAGCGAGGUUCUACCUACUUGAAGCCGCUGCUGUGCGGAGACCCCGGGUGAAGCCACCAUCACCAUGUCUGACCAGGAGGCAAAACCUUCAACUGAGGACUUGGGGGAUAAGAAGGAAGGAGAAUACAUUAAACUCAAAGUCAUUGGACAGGAUAGCAGUGAGAUUCACUUCAAAGUGAAAAUGACAACACAUCUCAAGAAACUCAAAGAAUCAUACUGUCAAAGACAGGGAGUUCCAAUGAAUUCACUCAGGUUUCUCUUUGAAGGUCAGAGAAUUGCUGAUAAUCACACUCCUAAAGAACUGGGAAUGGAGGAAGAAGACGUGAUUGAAGUUUAUCAGGAACAAACGGGGGGUCAUUCAACAGUUUAGAUAUUCUUUUUAUUUUCUUUUCUUUUCCUCAAUCCUUUUUUAUUUUUAAAAAUAGUUCUUUUGUAAUGUGGUGUUCAAAAUGGAAGUGAAAACUGACCCUUUAUCUCUUUAAAACAUCUGGUAAUUUCAAUUCUAGUGCCCAUUAUUCAUUAUUGUUUGUUUUCAUUGUGCUGAUUUUUGGUGAUCAGACCUAAGCCCCUUUCACGUUGCCCUCUCUUUUUAAAUAUUACAUGUGUGCACAGGAAGGCUGCCUUUUUCAGGACUGUGCAUCUUCAGGCUUGUAAUAAAUAAGGUCGACCAUUGCAGGUGUUCAUAAUGACUUCUAAUUGGCCCUGAAGUUCUAGCAUGUGAUUGCUUCACUCCUGGACUGUGACUUUCAGUGGGAGAUGGAAGUUUUUCAGAGAACUGAACUGUGGAAAAAUGACCUUUCCUCAACUUGAAGCUACUUUUAAAAUCUGAAGGUCUGGACCAAAAGAAGAGAAAUAUCAGGUUGGAGUCAAGAUGACAGAUAAGGUGAGAGUAAAGACUAACUCCAAAGAUGGCUUCACUGAAGAGAAAGUAUUUUAAGAGUAAAAAAAAAAUCUUGUCAGAAGAUCCCAGAAAAGUUUCAUUAGCAGUUAAUAAAGUUAUUCAUGCAUAAGGGUAUACAACAGAGCACUGCUCUUUUUGAUUUUAUUUGUACUUUUUGGCCUGGGAUAUGGGUUUUAAAUGGACAUUGUCUGUACCAGCUUCAUCAAAAUAAACAAAAUAUUUGUAAAAAUC